AUGCUAGGUUGUUUUGUUUUAGGCGUAGGUACCUCCUUCACGUUUGACAUCCAUAAUGACGAAAUCAAGACCGUUUCUCAUUUCAAGGAAGCGAUUAAAAAGAAUAGAGAGAAAAUAUUCGAAAACGUCGAACCCGAUGACCUGAGGAUAUGGAAGGUUAAUAUUUCUACCAGAGAAGAUAACGAUAAGCUAAAAAUACUUAGGGAUAGGCCUCAUGAAAAAAUUGAUGUUAAACAAGAACUCGGUGGUGAGGAGUUACUCCCGCUUUGGAAUAUUACUAAUUGUUUCCCGAAUGAACUUCCAGAGGAGCACAUUCAUGUCAUCGUGCAAACGCCUAUUACCACUGGUAAGUGUUUACCUCUUUGCAAGAACAAAUUAGCACUUGCUCAGUGGAUGAGUCUCGUUCUUUUCCACCCCAUUAAUAUUCUGCAACUAACCCCGUUAUAUGAAUUGCAUGUCUUUAAAUUUGUUAUAGCCGUACCUCAUAUUAGUUCACGAAGUAAUAUCACCGAUUUUCAAGUUAAUUUGGAAGAUUCGCAUUCGAUUUUAGUAUGGAUACAAAACUACAGCCCGACUGGAGCGAAACCAGCAUUGCUUGUUGAAUCAUUUGGUGCACAAUUUACUUUAUGUGGUCGUGAAAACACCAUAAAUACCCUCUGGGAUGGCGACGUAGUCAAUAGUUAUGGAAUUCUAAACCGGUUUAAAAACUAUUGUAGUGCAAGUCCAAAGAAGGAUCGCAAUUUUCACCCAAUUCCAUUUCUUGGUUGCGGUCCUGGUACAGGAAAAAGUCGGUUUUUGCAAGAGAUUCAUAAUAUUGUUCGUGAAAAAGCACAAUCAUCAUUUGAUGAUAAUAUUAAAUCAAUACUGGGAGAAGCAAUUUUUCUGAACGUUACAUAUGGAAAUGGAUCUGCAUUUUCAGAUUUUGACGUAGAUAUUGGUGCAGAAGCUUCAUUAGCACUAAGGAUCUUAUACAUCUACUUUGUACAUAAUCAUAUAGACUAUCUCAAAUUUAGGGACAUUGUUGGACAAAAUGCAAAACAACUAACGUUGUCUCUUGCUUUAUAUACUAUAUAUGAAAAUAAGCGUAAAGAUGUUGGAAAUAUGGAGAAGCUUGCAAUUAUUGUUGGCAUUGAUGAAGUCAACAAACUAUAUGACGAGAAUCGAGAUGUUUUUCGGCGUCUUAUAGCCUGCAUUGGUACAAUGAGUUGCGACUCAACUAUUUUUUUCGUUCCAAUCUUGGCAGGAACAGUUGAGGGUCCACUCCAGUCAGUAAUUACUAAAUCUAUGCACCAAGCUCUUCAGUUGCCAUUACAAUUACUGGAUACAUCUCAUAUGCUAUUAAUAGCAUGUAACCUUGGCUUUGAUGAGUCUUUUGUCUAUAAAAAUAAUCUUUUCAGACGUAUUAUUACUGAUAUAGGUGGUCAGGUGCGUGCUUUGGAAAUAUUCUAUGAAUUAAUUUGGAAUGAAACGAAAACAAAUAAAUUGGAAGAUAUCGAUUUGGUGAACAUCAUGCACUUACUUGAGGGAAAGUUACAUUCGCGAUAUGACUUUAAAACUUUUGCAAGUAAAAUUACCCCAGUACUUGCGAAUGCUAUUCUAGAAAGAUCGGUUGAUGAGGAUGAUGGUAUUUACAUGGACGAAAAUAAAAAACAACAUGUUUCAUACAAAACGUUGAAAUCUCUUGGAAUUUUGACACUCGAACCAGCUGAUAAAAUUUAUACAAGGUUUUAUAUACGUCUCCCAUAUCUUUGGAUGUGGCUUUUGAUUAAAAAAGCUGGUGAUCGAUCAAUUUAUAAAUUUUGGGAUUUGAUGAUUAACCCUGAAGAACAAUUUUAUUGGCAACAAUGGGAAAAAUUCAACAUUAAUUUUUGGGCCCUACGUAUAUGCUUAUUUUCAGUACUUGGAUACAAAACAAUAAAGUUAAAGGAACUGCUAAAGGGCGCAUUGCAUUCAGAUGUAGAUAUGGAUGUGGAUGUGAAUAUUCCCGAUCAUAAUUUAGUUCAAGUGCAUUAUCUUAGUAGACGAUACCCAUCCGAUGAUUGUGUUUUAGAUUUUGAUGGUCAAUCGUGUGCAGAGUUCGACGGAUUUUCUUUUCUAAUAACCAAUUGCGGACAACCAAUUUUAUUGGCAUUACAAAUGAAGUGGCAAGACCUGGAAUCAGAGAAUCCGCAAAUAAUUAACGAUAAUUUGGUUAAUAAAGAAUAUAGCAGAGUUGAGGAUGUCGCAAGGAGGAUUGGGUUGGAUAAAUGGCUAUUGUUAAUCCUGUCAAAUUGUUCAAGUACAUUUAACAAAAAUCUACUACCAAGAAGAUGCGCAAUUGUCGAAAAAAAUAAUUUUAAAAAGUUUUACGGAAAGAUAUAUUCAUCUCGGGCCCAAUUUUCUGCCGCUCACGAUAAAAUAUGCAUUAAUUCAGCAAAAUUUUUUGAGUUGAGAGUCAUAGAUGGGGUGGGUCCAAAAAUUGCAAAAGGCAUUAUCGAUGAACGCGAAACUAGUAAAAGAAAAUUUGUUGAUGGCGAAGAUCUAUGCAAACGGACAAAAUUUCCACGAGUCUCCUUAGAUUGUAUAGAAUAUUAG